AUGAUAAAAUUAUUGCUCGGUAAAUUAAAGAUUCAUUUCUUUAUAACAAUUUUUAGUUCUUUACAAGAAGAAAAUAAUGGAAAGAAAACAUUAGAUGAAUUAUCUCGUUUACGUUCAGAAUUGCAACAAAUUAAUUCUGAUAGUGAAAGUGAAAGAAACCAAUUUAAACAAAAAAUAAAUAAAUUAAAAUUACAAAAUGAACAAUUAGAAAAAGAAUUAAUAGAAAAAGAAAAAAAUUAUUUUGAUAAUAAUAAUAAAAUAAAAAAUAAUUAUUUAAUUGAAAAUGAAAAGAAACAAAUGGAAAAACAAAAUAAUAAUAUUAAUGAUAAUGAUGAUGAAGAAGAGAAGGAGGAGAAUGCCAAUAAAUUAACAACAAAAAAGCCAACAACAACAACAAACAAAGAAAAUACAUUACUAGAUAAAUUAUUUUCUGAUGUUUUGAGUAUUGUUGAAAAAGAUGUAAAAUUAAUUGGAAAUAAAAAUAAAAUAAUUAAUAAUGUUAACGAAAAUGAAAUUAAUGAAAUAAAUAAUUUUAGAUGGCAAAAAAUGUAUGAAGAUGUUUAUGAGGAAUUGGAAAAAGUUCGACAAAUUUUACUUGCCGAGCAUGAAUUAAAUAAUCGUUUACGAGAAGAGUUAAACCAAAAGAAAAUAGAAAAUGAAGAUUUACAAGCAAAAUAUGAAAAUAAAUUAAAAGAAUUAGAAUCAGAAUUAAAUAAGAGAAAUAUUCAAACAAAUGGAAUUGAAAGAGCUUUACAGUCAAUUGCUAAUGGAAAUCAAAUAUUAAAUAAUAAUUUAAUUUUUUCAACAGAACUUUCUCUUACUUUCUCCAAAUUAAUUUUAACAGAAAAUUGUUUGAAAUUUGCAGAAAGUCAAAAUCCAGCUGUUUUUGUUGCCAUUGGUUUGUAA